AUGGCUUCACCUGUGAUAGUAAAUUCUUGGACUGAAUGGGGUCCUUUGGAACUCGUCUGUGUAGGAAGCGUACAUGGUAUGUGCUAUCCUGAUGAAACUCCAGCGUAUGCGGGAACUACGGGACCUAGCAACCUGGGUCCUUAUCUUCGAUCGAUUGCAGGGCCGCGACCGCAGCGACGUAUACAGCAAGCCCAAGAUCAGUUAGACUAUUUAGCAGAUUUACUUCGAGCAGAAUCAGUUACAGUUGCGAAUUCCAUCUCUGAAGCUCUAGAUGAAGAUGCUGGAAAGGUCAUUAGUCGACGAGUGACGUCGUUGACAGAAUCUGGUUCCACGGGUACUGGUAAAAUUUUACAUAAAGAUAAAAUAGACGUAUGCCGACCAGUGUCAUCUUCUGAUGAUUUACCACGCUUCAAUCAUCAGAUAUCAACACCUCACUUUAAGUCCAGCUAUCAGUUCGGCUUGUCAUGUCCUCGUGAUCUAAUAAUUACAAUGGGUGAUACAAUAGUAGAAGCUCCUACUGCUGCUCAUAACAGAUAUUUUGAAACCGAGUAUUACAAGAACAUAUUGUAUUCGUUAUGGGAUCGUGAUCCAAAAAUGAAAUGGAUUCAGCCACCAAAACCCACAUGUUCACCAAUACGCAUGUUUCGUGAUAUUGACUUUUGGGAGAAGAUAAGUCGUUUGGAGUUCAAUCGCUCGUUUCAUGCCAAAAAUGGGUAUGAAACAAAUUUAAACGAGACAGAAAUCGCUUUUGACGCAGCAGACAUGAUGCGUAUGGGCAAAGAUAUUUUCUAUAAAAAGUCAGAAACAGCAAAUAAUCAAGGUUUACUCUGGCUUCGUCGAUCGUUCCCUCACCUUCGUUUCCACAUGAUGCACUUUCCAACUAAUGGAAGUCGCCAUCUGGAUGUUGCAUUAGUACCACUCCGGCCUCCGACAUCAGGUUCACAUGGUAUUGUUCUUGUUAACCAGAACUUUCCGCCAAUAGCAAGCGAGAUGAAACUAUUCACUGAUAACGACUGGCGUCCAAUAUGGGCUCCUUUGCCAAACGUUAGCGACGUAGCACCUUUUGCACUUUGUUCAGCAAAUCUCAACAUGAACUUGCUUUCAAUCAAUGAUCAUUGUGUUGUUAUCGAGGAAUGUGAGGUGCCAUUGUAUCGAUUAUUGCACGAUGAACUUGGCUUUGAUGUUAUUACAUGUCCUUUACGAGUACUUAACGAAUUUGGUGGCGGUUUUCAUUGCGUAACAUGGGAUAUUCGUCGUCGAGAUGAUUGCAUAGAUUACUUCCCCGAACAAGAUUAUGAAGCCGAAUGUCAAGUGGAUUUAAACAAUUAUCUCGAUAAAAAGACUUUAACUAAUGAUAAUCCGACAAGUCAUUAA